UUGUGUUGAAUGUGUUUUUGAAGAAAGCACACGUUUACAGGUGCAGAUCGUUAAAACCCUAAAUUUGAAUACACUUAUUUUCAUAUCAGGAAUUGUUCAUCUCAUGGAAAUAAAAUUGCCCAGUUAGUAUUUGAAUAAUGAUGGUUAAAAUAUUGCACAUAAUACUGUUGUUUCUGUAACAAUCAUGUUGAGUAAAUCAUGUCAAAUUUUAAAAUAAAUUAAAAUUUUCCAUCUAGAAUUGUCCCUUGUUGCAAAACAAGUGAGGACACAUUAGUGGCAACGUUCCCUGAUCGCAACACCACAGCUACAGGUGCACCAGCCAUGUGACUUAGUGUUCCUACACAUUUAAGAAAAAAUAAUAAAUAAAGUCAAUGAUAUUACACUUUUUUAAUUAAAUGCCUGACUUUGAGGUCAAAUGUCACUGUGAUGUUCAGGGACACACACACCACCAGAGUUUAAAAACUCAAUCUACAAACUUUUCUGUCCACCAACAACAACAAAUACAAAAACAAAAAACCAACAGUCAACCAACUGAAACACAAGAAAAUGAAUAAACUACAUUGAGCUGUACUUGUGUUAAGAGACAAACUGGCCCAAAAGACUGGGAAGAAGUGGGUUUUAUAUACACACACACACAGGUGACACACAUCAGGGGAGAGGCAGGUAAUCAAGGGAGCUGGAGACACAGGAGGGCAGGUGCAGACAAUCAAGAGGGAACUUGACUUUUUUUUCUUCUUUUGUUUGUUUGAGAGAGAUUUAAAGUUGUUUGUUUUUCUCUCAUAUCUCAUAACCAGCCAAAAUCACAACACAAAUCAUUUCCAGAAAUGUUGUUACAGAUUUUGAAUGUGUUCCUUGUUCCAAAUUCCAAAGAACUGCCAUUUGGAAUGUAUUUGCUAGAAGGUUGCUCAAUGUUUACUCAAGACCUGGUUUAUCUGGUUUAUCUAUUUAUUCUAGAAUCAUUCCAAAGACAAAUGAAGCUAUUGUCAGGUCCUGGUUACACAAUCCAUAAUAAAAAAAAGUUUCAUCAGUAUUUUUCUCUUUAGAAGACACACCUACAAAACUACGAGAAUAUAAGUACUGUUUGGGAAAGUCUUGGCAGAAACUUUGAUUUCCUUGGGUAAGAGAUUCCUUCUCAUUGUGUUUGUGUGAUAUUGUUAACAGGUGAUAAAUGUAUUUGCCCUUUUUAUUUUUGUAUUACACUGAGAUUUUGACAACGGUUGCUUUUACUGUUUUUUUUUUUUUCCUUUAUCAUUUUCAGCGUGAAAAUGUCAAAAUACCAGGUAAAGGUGUUCACUUCUGAACGUGCACUUCCUGCAUCUUUUAACCAAGUCUUUAUUAAACUGGUGGGCGAGAAUGGAGAAAGUUCCCAUACCAUGCUGAAGAACCUGCUGCAGCCUUUACCCUUUCUGCAAGGAAGUGUUGUCACUUUUAAUGUCUCAUGCUCGUCUCUUGGAAAACUUAUUCUGAUUGAGCUGGACAAAAAACCUCUACCAUUGACUCCAAGUAACGCUUGGCUCCCUGCUAAAGUGGAGGUAGUAUCCCCUGAAGGCGACACCUACUCCUUUCCCAUCUACCGAUGGAUAAAUGACAAGGAGGUGCACCGCUUCAGAGCGGCUGAAGCUCUGAAAGUCUCUGACGACAACCAUCACCUUGGCAGGUAUGAUCGAGAAAAGGAGCUCAAGUUCAGGGCGGAGGAAUAUUGUUGGAGUGAGUAUGCAGCUGGAAUACCCCACUGCAUUAAAACAGAAAACGCGCUCUCACUGCCACCUGAGGUUCAGUUCUCUUUCACCAAGAAAAGCGAGUUUUUUCUUACGUCUGCCUUUGGAUUGUCAUCACUGGGCCUCACAUUGUUGAGUAUUUCUAAGGAGCCAUGGACUGACUUUAAAUCUAUUAAGGAGUCGAUCACCAAAAACAAAACUGCAGUAUCUGAAUAUGUACAAAAACACUGGGAGGAGGAUGAGUUUUUUGCAUACCAGUUUCUGAAUGGUGUUAACCCCAUUCUGAUCAGAAAGUGCACAGUGCUGCCAGAUAACUUUCCUGUCCCUGACAAUGUAGUCCUACCCCAAAGCAAGAACUCCUUACGCAAAGAAAUGAAGAAGGGCAACAUAUACCUGUGUGACUACAAGAAUCUGAAAGAUGUGAAAGCAAACAUCAUCAAUGGGAAACAGCAGUACUUGACCGCGCCCCUCGUCCUGCUCUAUAAAACACCGAAUGACAAGUUGAUGCCAGUCGCUAUUCAGCUGAACCAGGAACCAGGAGCUGACAAUCCCAUCUUUUAUCCUAACGAUUCUAAAUAUGACUGGUUGACGGCAAAGACUUUUGUGAGAAGCGCAGAUUUCUCUGAACAUCAGCUUAAUGUUCACCUGCUGCGCACUCACCUGCUGGCUGAGGUCUUUGCAGUGUCUCUGCUGCGCAACUUCCCAAUGGUGCAUCCACUGUACAAGGUAACAAUAAACCUCAAAGAUGUCUCAGUUCACGGAAACAUUGUGAAUUUUUCUUGCGUCAACAAUUCAAUUCCUGUGUCUUUAAGCUCCUCGUUCCCCACACACGCUACAACUUACAGAUCAACCACCUGGCUCGACUUCUACUCAUUUCUCCAACUGGAGUUUUCACUCAGGUAUGGAAAUGUUUAUUUUCCUUUUUUUCCAUACAAGUUCUUAAAUUUAUUUCUUAAGUUUUCAGCCUCUGGUGGAGAUGCCAUGAUGCCCAUCCUGCAAAGGUCACUAAAGUCAGUGACCUACAGCUCCCUGUGUGUACCUGACAGCAUUGCUGAGCGAGGAAUGGGGAAAAUUCCAAAUUACUACUACAGGGAUGAUGCGCUUCGUCUUUGGGACAUCACUCUCAAGUUUGUGGAUGGAGUUGUCAAGUACUACUACAAGAGUGAUUCUGACGUCAAAAAAGACUCUGAGCUCCAGAACUGGAUUGGGGACAUUUUUGAACAUGGAUUCCUUUCCAAUGAAGCCUCAGGAAUUCCAAGGCAAUUUACAAAAGUAGUUGACCUGGUCAAAUUUGUCACCAUGGUGAUAUUCACUGGCUCCUUCCAACAUGCGGCAGUAAACUCUGGACAGUACGAUUUUGGUGCCUGGAUGCCAAACACCCCCAUCUCUCUGCAAUACCCUCCACCGACAACGAAAGGCAAAACAAGUGAGGACACACUAGUGGCUACGCUCCCUGAUCGCAACACCACAGCUUUGGGCAUAUCCACCGUGUGGCUACUGAGCAGACAGUCUUCUGACGUUGUCAAAGUUGGCCAGUAUCCAGAGGAUCAUUUUGUUGAGAAAGUUCCCAGGAAACUGAUGGCUCAGUUUAAAGGAGAACUGGAUAUUGUGAACAAAAUCAUGGAAGUCAGAAACAGAAACCUGAAGCUAAAAUAUGAGUACCUGCAGCCAGAGUUGGUGGAAAACAGUGUCGCCAUUUAAGCCAUUUAUUACUCUUAAACUAACAGCAGAAAAACAGGAUUAAAAACAACAUGUGCAGUUCAUUAAGUAGUUUUAUGUAGGUGGUAUGGGCAUAGUUUUGACACCUGUAGAAAAAUAUGUUACUCUCUGUCAUGAUCAUUAUAACUCAAGUUUGUAAAAAAGUGUAUAUAUAUAUAGUUUCAACCCUUGUCUGAGGACAUGGGUCAUGUGAUUCUGUUUUAUGUGUUUUCCGUUUGCUAUCAGUGUAUGUGGGUAUGUGGGGGUUGUUUUUUUGUUUUGUUUUCUUGCAGGAUCACAUGACAGGGAAACUGUGAGUGGAUUGGUGGAUGGCGUCCAUUUAAACCAACUGGCUCUUCCCCUUUUCCCUUCAUCAUCCUCGAGCUAAAGCCUGCUGACUCCUUGCUGUGUGCUCCGUGUGGUUUACCUUAUGUUACAUUUGAUUGCUUGUAUUGAGCAGCAAAAUGGAGGAGUGAGAAGCACUUGUUUUUGUUCACAACAUUUUCUCUUUUUGAUUUGAGCUUAGUUUAAAAACACUGUAUUUUGUUUUGUUUUUGUUUGUUGGAGGAAGGAGCAGAGUCCCUUUUAGUUUUGGUUGGGCAUCGUUUCCUCACAAAAUAAAAUGCUGUUUUAAAAACUAUAAACUCUUAGACUUGGCCACAUUCUCGGGGAUGAUGCUGCACUGGUUUAAAACACAUCGGAAAAAAAAAGUCUCUACAAAAAGCAACUAGGUGAGAUGUAAAUCAUCUACUAGUGUUUUCAGAUGGAACUGUAGCAUGUGUUUGUUUUUCUAUUCCCCUUGAUCCUCACUCCUUUUACAUACGCAUGACUACAGAAAAACAAAAAUCCAACAUGCACACAAAAGUAUUUUAGCCUGAACUCGUUCUAAAGCCCUUUAGUGUUUUUUUCCAUAAAACCACUAAAAGGACCAAUCAGAAUUGUAGAAGCCUGCUUCUUCACUUCCCAUCAAAUUAUUUAAAUGGCUUGGUUGUCAAUAAACACAGAUUCUUUUUUUGUGUCUCUGAAAAAAACAAAAACAUUUUGCUUAAGGUAAAACCUGCUCCAACAUCUUCAGCGUGCUUCAAGUUCUGCCUUCUAACCAGUACCAACCAAAUCAUUCCUGCCACCUCACAGAUCCAUACACAUGAAUUUUAAUGAAUUAACGUCUGCUUUAAUGCACCAUUUAAUGAGGUCCUUUUUGGCAGCAUGUGGCUAAGAGAAGCAAGUCUGUGAGGAGAGUUCCCUUUGAGGAGCAACCGACUCUCAAGGACAAUUUAAGUGGCGCACUGGGGAUAUAAACGCUGUGGGUCACAUCUAAGAGUGACUAAACUGGAUUACAUAUGUAUGAUGUCAUGUUUUCAACAAGUCAACUCCUGCUGUCACAGAAAGUUAGUAAGAUGACCUGAUAAUGAGCUAAAGAACAAAUCUACUGCAGGAGAGCUGCUCAUUUUUCUCUGUCUGUCUGUCUGGAUGGGACAGACCAUGUCCAAAGAAAAGACAGAAGUCCAGAGAAUUGGUGAAGAUUUUACCAACUUCAUUCACAAACAGUUAGUAGGUAGAGUGUAUCUAAACAUGCCACUGUGAUGUUCAGGGACACACACACCACCAGAGUUUAAAAACUCAAUCUACAAACUGUUCUGCUUUUCCAUCCACCACCAACAACAAAUACAAAAAAAAAAAAACUACAAAAAAAAACCCCAAAACAAAA